AUGAAGAUCCAAGGCAUUGUUACAGGCGUUUUUCUCCUGCUGCUGUCAGGAACUGACGUCUUCGCCGCACCGGCCGAUCCAAGUGCUCUUCAAGCUCGAAACAACCAUUGUGACCGAAAGGACUGGCAGUGUAAGAACUGGGACUGGAACAAGUGUGUGUGCAACAAUAAACACUGCCAGAAAGAUGUGAAAUGCAGGGAUUGGAACUGGGACAAGUGUAUCUGCAACGACAAGCAUUGUGAUCGCAAAGAUUGGCAGUGCAAAAAUUGGGAUUGGGGCAAAUGUAUCUGCAACGACAAGCAGGUGUGCCACAAAGAUCCUAAGUGCAGAGAUUGGGACUGGAAGAAAUGCGUCUGUAAAGACAAGCACUGCCAGAAAGACCCGAAAUGCAAGGAUUGGGACUGGAAAAAAUGCGCCUGUAACGACAAGCAUUGUGACCGAAAGGACUGGAACUGCAAGGACUGGGACUGGAACAAAUGCGUCUGUAAAGACAAGCACUGCCAGAAAGACCCGAAAUGCAAGGAUUGGGACUGGAACAAGUGCCUCUGUAACGACAAGCAGGUGUGCCACAAAGAUUUCAAGUGCAGAGAUUGGGACUGGAAAAAAUGCGCCUGUAACGACAAGCAUUGUGACCGAAAGGACUGGAACUGCAAAGACUGGGAUUGGAACAAAUGCAUUUGUAACGAUAAACCCUGCGUCAAAGACCCUAAGUGCAAGGAUUGGGACUGGAACAAGUGCGUGUGCAAGGAUCAACCGCAAUGCCCGAAGGACCCCAAUUGUAAGGAUUGGGACGCCCAGAAGUGCAUGUGCAAAGAUCAGCAUUGCCCUAAGGAUCCUAAGUGCAAGGACUGGGAUUAUGAAAAGUGCAUGUGCAAAGAUCAACCGCAAUGCCCGAAGGAUCCUAAGUGCAAGGACUGGGAUUUUGAAAAGUGCAUGUGCAAAGAUCAAUCGCAAUGCCCGAAGGAUCCUAAGUGCAAGGACUGGGAUUUUGAAAAGUGCAUGUGCAAAGAUCAACCGCAAUGCCCGAAGGAUCCUAAGUGCAAGGACUGGGAUUUUGAAAAGUGCAUGUGCAAAGAUCAACCGCAAUGCCCGAAGGAUCCUAAGUGCAAGGACUGGGAUUUUGAAAAGUGCAUGUGCAAAGAUCAAUCGCAAUGCCCGAAGGAUCCUAAGUGCAAGGACUGGGAUUUUGAAAAAUGCAUCUGCAAAGAUCAACCGCAGUGCCCAAAGGAUCCCAAUUGUAAGGAUUGGGAUGCUCAGAAGUGCAUGUGCAGAGACAAGAAAUGA